AUGGAUGAGGAAUUUGCUUUAAUUUUAGAUAAUGCAGGUUUUGAAGGAGAUGAUUCACCAAGGAUUGUAAUACCUACAGUGGUUGGUAAACCUAGAAACAUCACGUUUAUGGUGGGUAUGAAUGUUAAAGAUAGCUACGUUGGAGAUGAGGCUAUAUCUAAACGUGGAAUAUGUGUAUUGAAGUACCCGGUGGCACAUGGAAUCGUUUACAACUGGGAUGAUAUGGAGAAACUUUGGAAUCAUGUCUUCUUCAAUGAACUUAGAUGUGCCCCUGAGGAACACACCGUUCUACUCACAGAGGUACCAUUCAAUCCGAAAGCACAUCGUGAAAAGAUGACACAGAUCAUGUUUGAAACCUUCAACGUGCCAGCGUUGUACAUUGCAACACAGCCAGUUCUGUCGUUGUAUGCAUCUGGUCGAUCGACUGGUGUCGUAGUGGAAUCUGGUCAUAACGUGACACACAUUGUUCCUAUAUACGAAGGAUAUGCAUUGUCACACGCCAUCACACGUUUAGGUUUUGGAGGUGACUGUCUCACAAACUAUAUGAUAAAAUUGUUAACGGAACGAGGUUGGUCUCUUACGGGAACAUCGGAACGUGAUAUCUAUCAUGAGAUCAAAGAGAAACUGGCAUAUGUUGCACUUGACUUUGAAGCUGAGCAGCAAUUGCUGGCAGAGCAUUCUAAUGAUCUAGAGAAAUCAUUUGAUCUACCAGAUAAACAGGUACUUACGAUCGGUUUGGAACGGUUCAAAUGUACGGAACCACUGUUCGAUCCGUCACUAAUUGAAUUUGAGACGGUUGGUAUUCAUAAAGCUAUCUUCAAUUCAAUUAAUAAGUGCGAUAAAGAUAUUCAAUCAGCAAUGUUUAGUAAUGUUGUACUGUCAGGUGGAAACACGAUGUUCCCUGGUUUGCCACAGAGAUUGAGUAAAGAGCUGACAGCACUGGCGCCAAAAGGCACAAAGAUAAGAGUAAUUGCACCACCCGAGAGAAAAUACUCUGCUUGGAUAGGUGGUUCACUCUUGGUAGCACACCCACGAUUCAAACAAAUGAUCAUGACAAGAGAGGAGUAUGAUGAAAUUGGUCCAACUUUAGUUCAUAGAAAGUGCUUUUAA